UCAUUGUGCUGCAAAAAAGGGAGUAGGUUUGAUGUUCUAACAAUGUUUGAAUUCAUCAAUGUAAUUGAUUGAUGACUGAUGGAAAAAAUAAAAUAUAUCCAUAUGUUUGGAUAUUUAUUUCCACCGAGGCUCUUAAUAAGUGACCAUAAUGCCCAAAGUGAUAUCUUAUAGUCAACUAUUCCCUCUCCCACACUGUCCGUGCCUCCUUUUUCGUAGUUUAUGCCUCCUUCCUGCUCUUUCUGCAGCUGUGAGAUAACAUAGACCUACCUUCUUUUCUGCAAUGAGAGCUUCUUCUCUGGAGUUGAACAUCUUGUAACUGCACUAAAUUCAGUAAUUUGCAUAGUGAUGAUACCGUAUGUGCAGUUUUUUUUUUGUUUGUUGCCGUAUUUGUCCAAAAUGUGAUGCACGACAGUGUGAUUCAUUUUCUUUGGUGUAAUAAAAACCGCUUUAACAAUUUGAUGACCCCAAUAAUCAUAAAUUAGGUGAACUGAGUACAAGAUUAAACAUCACUGCAUGCGGUAUUGCUUCUUUAUUUAAAAAGACUAAUGGGGAAAUCGACACUGUGGACCUUAUCAAGAAUACAAUAUUCAUCAGUCACUGCAGUGUACUUGCUCUGUAACAGCUAGCUAGCACUGCUGGCUGGACAUAUACCUCUUGACAGAGACAGAUAGAACCGCAGACACACACACACACACGCACACACAUAUAACCUCCAUGUUUUUGUUGCACGCACAGUAUGACACAGCCUCAUGUGGGUGUUUGAAGGCGUGGUUACAGUGGUCAUGUUUCCCACCUCUCAUCUCUCCAUCUGACUGACCUUGUUGUGUAACCAUAAAUCAUAGCAUCACCCACCCUCCCUCCUCAUGCUCACAAAUACUCGGCACUCAAAUACAUGACAUGAUAUUCUUCCUAUGUAGUGGGGGAAAAAGAAAUACAAUCAUGAAAAAUAGCAAAUGUAUAUGCCUCACUCACAACAUGCACAGAUCUGAAGACGAAAUGGAGAUGCUACUGCGCUUUUUCCGUCGGAUGGAUGGAUGGACUGGGCGUUUAAACCAGUGGUGGGGAAGAGCCUCUUGUCAUCAGUAACAGCGGUGGAAUUCUUAUUAGAUCGACAGCUGGACUUCCUCUCUGAUCAAUCAGCCUACCAACCAUACCAGGAUGAGGUGGAUGGUCAGAACCCAGUGUUAAGAGAAAAUCCUCAGCUCCAUGAGGAACUGAGGGGCUGGCUCAAAGACCAGAAAGUGCAGGAAAUUUUUAUGCAAGGUCCCUAUUCAUUGAAUGGCUACCGCGUGCGUGUGUACAGACAAGACUCAGCCACCCAGUGGUUCACUGGCAUCAUUACACAUCACGACCUCUUUAGCCGAAACAUGGUCGUUAUGAAUGACCAGGUGCUAGAGCCUCAAAAUGUGGAUCCAUCCAUGAUCCAGAUGACCUUUCUAGAUGAUGUGGUUCACUCUCUAUUAAAAGGAGAAAAUAUAGGCAUCACCUCCAGACGAAGGUCGCGAUCUAGCCAGAACAACAAUUCUUCCCAUAUGGCGGGAGGGAGACCUGGCGGGACCACUGGCAACACUCAGAGUCAUUAUACGCGAGCCCAAGCUAACAGCCCCCGUCCCAUCAUGACAUCAUCAGGCCCCAAUGCUAAGGGUUCCCAGGGGACCCUGGCCUCCCAGCAGCAGAGUCAAUCACAGCAAAGCCAGCAAACAUCCAGCCAAUCGCAUCAUUCUCCCAGCGGCAAUGGACGGGAACAGAGAGAGCAGCGGAAUUGUCGCUCAUCCCGGAGAAAAGGAUCUGAUAGUAGCGUUCCUGAGGAGGACCGAGACAGGAGAGAAGAAGCCACAAGCAAAGACUCCAAGUCUAAAGCUAAGCAGGCAGUCAACAAACGGAGGAAGGGUGAGGAAGACGAGAAGAAGGCGGGUCUAAAAAGACUGAAGACGGACAUAACAUCUGAACUCUCCGAGAGCAGUGACUCUGAAAACCCACACAAGAGGACGGCCCACUCGUCAUGCUCCUCCUCCUCCUCCUCUUCAUCGUCCUCGUCCUCCUCCUCUUCUUCCUCGUCUUCAGAGCCGAACUCUGAGAACGAACUAAAGACUCGCAGCAGCGACGUGAAACCGAGCGUUGUUUCAAAAAUGGAGGAGGACAAGAAGACGGCCAAAGUCAAUGACUCCUCGUCCCACAUUGGCCGCCUGUCGCCGUGGGCGGAGCUUCAAGCUGCAGAAGACAUGAAGAAGGGGGUUGUUAAGGAAACAAGCAAAAUGAUAACAAAGGAGGAGGAGGAAUUGGUGGCAGUGACGCAGAUCACCCAAUCUCCACGGCAACAGAUGCCUCUCAUGUGUGACACUAUACAGGGCGCCGUGGUAGAGGGUAGCAAGAACACUGUGAAAGCUUCAUCUCGAUGUCAGACGCCUUCAUUGUCGCACCUCCACGGCAGUGGCGUGAUCGACAUCACAGAUGAUGCACAAGCCACGGUGCAUCAGGAGAGUUCAGAGGCUGUGUCAGCUCUGCUUGCCUCACAGAAGGCAGAGUCCACAGCACUGUCACCUUACCUCACCCUUAACCCAUCCCCCGUCUCCUCGCCUCCUGUCCCGCCUUCACCUUCGCCUUCGGAAGGGGGCCGAAGGACAGAUAUCGACCCUGCUAUGCAGCAGGGCGUAAUGAGUGGUGGCGUAACAGCAGGCAGGAGUUUAAGCAACAAGAUAGAGUUUGCUCCUUCCGAGGUCAUAAGGCCUGUCACAUCAAUGGCGGAUAAUAUGGUGCUGGCGGACAAGGAGAAAACAGUCAUUCCUCCAUAUUGUCAUCAGCAGCAGCAGCAGCAGCACACGCAGCAACACUACCCGCCUGUCCAGUCUGGCAUUAAGGCCCCAUCUUUAUCUGAAGAGCAAAGCAAACAGCAACAGACGCCCCCCCACAAGAUGAACACAUCCCUCUCCACUGACUUUGCUAAAUCCAAAAUAAACCCCAACCCAGCCCCUCUUGACUCCAUGAAACACAAACCCCAGCACCUUAACAACUCUCAGAGCCAUCCCUACCCCAGCACAAGCCCAGCUGACCAUAUCAAGGCUAAGCCCCACCCAGGCCUAAUGGACAUCUCAAAACCUAAACCCAAUACCUCUCCAGAGGUCUCUAAGCAUAAAAUGCCCAGAUAUUCUGAUACUACCUCCCCUCCAUCAGGUCGUGUGUCCAGUAAAGUAGAAACGACAGAGCCUCCACGAUCUGGUUUUAAGCCGGUGCCGGCUCGGUCAGAGUCAGAUACUAUCAGCAGCACCAAGAGCCCUCUGAUUAUCGAUAAGAAUGAGACGUUCACUGUUUACAGAGAUCCAGCUUUGGUCUGCUCUGACAAUGAGAACUCUUCCUCCGCCACUGUUUCCUCUAACCACGUGGCGGCAUAUCUCCAUCCCCACCUUCACACUCUCCACACUUCUCCCCACUCCCCUUGUCUCACCCCUGCGUCCCACCCACAUGCUGCCUCUCACCUCCUCGCUCCUCCUCACACCUCUGCCUUACCUCACCCACAUCUUCUACCCCCUGGGGUUCUUUCAGCCAUGCCACCCCCUCACACAGCUUCUCUCCUGGGGGGCCACCCACGGCUCGACUCCCCUGGAGGGUUGGGUCACCUUACUCUGUCUCACCCAGGGGCCCCACACCAGCAGCAGUUUCUACAGGGUCAGGGACCCCCUCCACCCGCUAUACUCGCCCAGCCACAUAGUGGAGCAGCAGGGUUGGGUCUCUACCCCAUCAUUUGGCAGUAUCCCAAUGGAACACCAACUUCCUACCAACCAGGAAUCAACCUAACCCCCACAGCUAAAUGGAUUCACCCUGAAAAUCCAGUUGCUGUUAAUUCUGAGGCGUCUCUCCGAAGGAACACAGCCAGUCCAUGGUUGCACCAAGCUGCUUGUAGUGCGAGUGACAGUUUGGGUUUAAUGAGUCAUGUUCCUGUACGGCCAGCCAGCGCUGAUCCCCAUCGUCCCCCUGUUAAGCUCAGCACACACGCAAGCCCACCACUGUCAAAGACCAGCAUGGACAUUCAUAAAGAAGAUGUAGCGAAGCGAGGCUUUGUGGAUCCAGUAAGAACACUGACACUGGCCCAGCUGAAACAGGAGCCUGUAGAGGUUAAUAGGAAUGUCACAGGGAAAGAUGCUCACCUACACCGCCUCUACUUGGAUGGCCACAGCAAGGUGCGCCUGACAAAUACACAGGAUGCUGUUCAGGCGGUAGACCAAGCCAGUAAGUACAAAGAGGAGAAUCGACAAAUCCUGAAGGAGAGCAUCGAAGUAGCCCCCUUCACUGCCAAGAUUCAACGCUCAAGUGAACCUGGAAGUGACAGGGAUAGAGAUAGAAGCCGAGAUCCCACGUUCCCCAUCAGGAUACCAGCUCUUGCUUCCCCUAGCCCUAAGGCGGGCCACACACAUCCUCAUAUUAUCCAGUCAGAAAAGAGCAACUACUUUACCACUUUGUCCAACAGUGUUGUAAAUGAGCCCCCAAGACUGUACCCUUCCAAAGAGCUCAGCUCUUACUAUGAGAAGGUAUCAAUUGGAGCUUCAGGGGUUGUGGCCAGUGUUGGAGCAGCUGUCUCUAGCCAGGGUGCUCUGUCGCUAGGCAACUACAAUGCCAAAGUGUCCCUCUCGAAGCCACCUCCACUAAUUAAGCAUCAUCCAGAGGGAGGUGAGGGACUAGCAGUGAAAAUCACGGAACAGCUCAGCCAGCAGGCCACAGUCCAGCAUCACCACACAAUUGUGGAAAGGAUGGAGCGCUGCAGCCCUGCCAUUUCUCCAUCCUCCUCUUCAUGUUCCUCUUCAGCCUCCAACCACUAUCCCCAUCACCACCACCACCACCACCACCACCCACAGCAACAGCAACACAACCUCAGGGCGAUGCCAUCUCUCCACAGAGCACCUGUCUUCCAUCCACCCACCCAGCAUGCGCUGGAACGCAAGGAGGCUGCAGAACGGGAGCGGGAAAAAGAACGGGAGAAAGACAGGGAGAGAGCUGGCUAUGUUGGACGUCUGUCUCCACCGACACUCACUCCAAUCCAGCCAGUUACCUUAGCAGCAGCUGGUUGCAAAACAUCGGUCGAGCAACAGAAGCCCCCCACACUACUACCAGAACUCAGGGAUGUCAAAGGUCAUGGAAAUACUGCCUCUGUUGCCUCAGCUGUCAGUGGGGAGAAUAUGACAUCAUCAGGUGUGUGGAGAGGUGGUGACAUUAGUCAAGAGAGGGGAGCUCUCUUUGUGGGUGAGAAAGGCGUGUCAAGAGGCAAACCCCAAGCUGCCAUGGCAUCAGUCAUAGUGUGUCCAUCAACAUCUAUUAAGUUUGACAAUCCUGCAAACAAAUCUGGUGCUAUGAGCCCAGACGAGUUGCCUUUGGGGAGGUUCUACUCGUCAAAGUUUCAAGGGGAAUGUCAAAAAGCAGGAGAGAGUGUUAGAGAUCAUGGCGCUAAUAGAGUUAUCCUACCCAACUCAAACUUGGAUGACAUGUACAUCCAAUUUAAAAAGACCUCAAUGCGUGCCGUGCAGGGGACUAUGGGAGCCAGUAUCACCAACUCUGUUCACAGGACUGCUAUAUUAUCAGCUAUGCAGAGUAGAAGCGAGCCAACCACUCCUGAACUGGUCAACUCGGCUUCAGCUCGUGAAGUGCUGAGCCAGUCAGCGUCCCGUACAACAUCACCAGGGGGAUCCUUGCCUCCUCCGAGUCCAUCUGGUACACCACAGCCCAGCCCUAACCUCACUCCGAGACCUAGCUCCACUUCUGGUUCCAGUCAGGCGUACACCCCCUCUUUUGUUCACCUCAAGAAGCACAAAGCUGCCUUGGCAGCAGCCCAGUCUAAAAGCAGCUUCUGUACUGCUUCCACGGCUGUCACAACUGGAACCUCCUCUUUAACUGUGGAUCCCUUUGACAAACCUUACAGCUCAACUCCUCCGACUGCCUCCAGCCAAACAGUACCUUCAGUGGAUAGUAGCAGCAGUAGCAGCAGCUCAGCAAGUGGCAGAACAACACCAGGAAAAUCCAGUCCCCUGCACAAUGGACAGUCCGUUGGGCCUGCUUCAACAAGUAGCGGGCAGGCCAGUAACUACCACAAAUUGAAGAAAGCCUGGUUAACUCGGCACUCUGAGGAGGAUCGGAACACAACUGCUACUAAAAGCUCAGCUACUACUAAGCCAGAGAAAUUACCCAGCACCAGCAGCACCACAACUAUGUCAGAAAUGAUCAAACCAUGCACCGUCAACCUCAGCGCCUCCACAUCCAGUGAGGUUGACCUCAGCAAGGACACUGCAAACAAAGGCGAGAGAGACAAGCUCUCAGAGGAGAAGACAGGUGGGCCAACAGAUGAUAGGAAAGCGUCCUCUUCACUGAGGCGAGGAAGCAAACGAACAUACGAGUCGGCUUCAGAGAGUGGGGGAGAUGACUCUGACGCCAGUGAGAGCAAGCUGGAGGGCAGAGCCAAGCGUCAGCCCAAACCAACUUACAAGAAGAAACAGAAUGACAUGGCCAAGAAGAAAGGAGACAAUGAAAAGGAGGACGACGACGUGAAGCCCAACGGCAUCUUUAGAUCCGCGAAAGAGAAGACCAAACUUAAACUGGCCAGCAGCAAUGGGAUCCCACGCUCUGUCCUGAAGGACUGGCGGAAGGUGAAGAAGCUAAAGCAGACCGGAGAGUCUUUCCUUCAAGAUGAUUCCUGCUCAGAGAUCGGACCCAAUCUGCAGAAGUGUCGUGAGUGCAGGGUGAUCCGCAGCAAGAAAGGCGAAGAGCCAGCCCAUUCUCCCGUAUUCUGCCGCUUCUACUAUUUCAGAAGGCUUUCCUAUAGUAAAAAUGGCGUAAUCCGUAUGGACGGCUUCACCACUCCUGACCAGUUUGAUGAUGAGGCCCUUGCCUUAUGGAUCCCUGGAGCCUUGGAGGAUAGCCACCUGGACCAAACCACGGCCAAGUACAUCCUCAGCUUCAUAGGAGACAUGUUCUGUCAGAUGGUCCUGAUGGAGAAUACAGCAGCCUCCUGGGUCAAGAAGGAUGCCAAGCUUGUGUGGAAGCGCGCAGUUCGGGGGGUGAGGGAGAUGUGUGAUGCCUGCGAGGCAACACUUUUCAACAUUCACUGGGUCUGUCAAAAAUGUGGCUUCGUUGUCUGCCUGGACUGCUACAAGGCCAAGGAGAGAAGGAGCUCGAAAGAUAAAGACCUAUACGCCUGGCUGAAGUGUGUGAAAGGCCAGCCUCAUGAUCACAAACACCUCAUGCCAACACAGAUCAUUCCUGGCACAGUGUUAACUGAAUUAGUGGCGUCCAUGCAUGCGCUGAGAGAAAAACACAACAUCAAAUCGCACUGUGCUUGCACAAACAAACAGAACCUCCUCAGCAAACUUCCAGCCACCAAUGGAGUCUCACAGGUACUACAGAAUGUUCUGAAUCACAGCAACAAACUGUCGCUGGUGAAGACUGAGCCUCGCUCUCAGCAGAUCUCUGACCAAGGAGGACCGAAAGUAGAGACCAACGGAGGGGGAGGAAGAAGUCCUGGCAGUGAUGCAGGGAGUGCUUCGGUUACACCGCCGGAGUCGCAGUCACCUCUGCAUUUCCUGGCUGACCUGGCAGAGCAAAAAUCCAGGGAGGAAAAGAAAGGCAAGAAAAAUAAAGACUCUGUGUUGUUGGGUAAAUCGGUGAAAGAAGACACGGAAGGGGACAGCCUGGAGGUCCUGCAACAAUGUAAAACCACAUCGCUGGUUGCAAACAGCACAGAGCAGGGCUCCACUCUCAGAGAUCUGCUCACCACCACUGCAGGAAAGCUGAAGCUGGGCUCCACUGAUGCUGGGAUCGCCUUUGCACCAGUAUACUCAACUGCUUCACAGACCGGGAAAGGCGGCCGCACCAUGCCCAAUAUCCUAGAUGACAUCAUUGCAUCGGUUGUUGAAAACAAAAUCCCUGCCAACCGCCAGAGUAUCGCCACUAAACUUUCAAUCAAGCAAGAGCCAGUCAUCCCUGUCAACAACAGCAACCCCUCACCUGUCAUCCCAGAAGACACCAAAACAGACAGGAAGAAGUCGAUGCCUGUUACUGUUACUGCAGUGAUUCCAGAGGAAUCAUCCAACCAGUAUCCUGAUAUUCCUCACUGCUGGCUGAAUAACGGACGACUACUGUGGCUCAAAGAUCACCGUAAUCAGAAUAACUGGAAGCUGUUUAGAGAAUGCUGGAAGCAGGGACAGCCUGUGUUGGUGUCGGGGAUCCAUAAGCGACUGAAUGCCACUCUGUGGAAAGCAGACUCCUUCAAUCAGGAGUUUGCAGACCAUCAGGGAGACCUUCUCAACUGUAAAGAUCAGGUGGUCUCCAACUCAGGGAUCAAGGAGUUCUGGGAUGGAUUUGAGGACAUCACCAAACGAGUCAAGUCCAAGGAUGGAGAACCUGUUGUUUACAGACUGAAAGACUGGCCUUCUGGAGAGGAAUUCAUGGCUCUCAUGCCAUCAAGGUACGAUGACUUAAUGAAGAACUUGCCGCUGCCUGAGUACUCUGAUCCAGAAGGCAACCUCAACUUGGCCUCCCAUCUACCAUCCUUCUUUGUUAGGCCUGAUUUGGGGCCGAGACUCUGCUGUGCUUAUGGUGUAGCUGCAUCUCAGGACCAGGACUUUGGGACUGCUAACCUCCAUGUGGAAGUCUCCGACGUUGUGUCUAUUCUAGUCUAUGUUGGUGUGGCCAAAGGCAAUGGAGUCUUGUCCAAAACCGGAGUGUUAAAGCGUCUGGAGGAGGACAAUCUAGAUGAGGGAGUCCGCCGAAGGCUGAAGGACUCCAGUGAGACACCAGGGGCGCUGUGGCACAUCUACCUCAACAAAGACAUGGACAAGGUCAGAGCGUUCCUGCACAAGCUCUGCAAGGAGCAGGGAUUGGAUAUAUCAGCAGACCAGGAUCCAAUCAGAGAGCAGGGAUGGUACCUGAGCAAGAAACAGCGCCAGCGGCUUUUGGAUGAGCAUGAUGUUCAGGGCUGGACUGUUGUGCAGUUUUUGGGAGACUCUGUGCUAAUACCAGCCGGGUCUAUGCACCAGGUCCAGAACCUUCACAGCUGUGUUCAGGUCAUCAAUGACUUUGUGUCUCCUGAGCAUGUGGCCAACUCAUUCCACCUGACCCAGGAGCUCAGACCCAACCACGAGGAAGUCAACUACGAAGACAAACUACAGGUGAAGAACAUCUUGUACCACUGUAUGAAAGAGGCAGUCAGCUCCUUGAAGAGGAGCGGCUCCGAGGAAGACGAGGAGGAAGAGAACUCAUGACAGCCCCGCCGUCUUGCGCACACUUUUUCCUGCGAGGAAGUCCGAUCAGCACCUCCACACAUGACGUGUGUGUCAUAUGAUCGCAGGAGGAGACUGUGGGGAUGCAGCUGCUAUGCGGUCCAGUGAUGGUGAACCGAUGGCAUCCAAGUACCCUUAACCUUUAGUGCCAAGAGGUGACACUCAAGAAGUGGACUGGCCUGACUCAUUAAACCCCCCCACCUGGUUUAAUGAAACACAGGAAAGACGGGAAUAGUGGCAAAGAGUAAUGUGCUGCUCGGGAGCCGUGUCAUCGCCACUAACUGACUUGCCGGUUCAGGCGCCAGCAGCGGGGCAGACUGGAUGUUCAUUCAUGCUGCCGGCCCGCAGGUUUGAAUCCCCGUCUGUGGCAAGAUCCCACACAUGGCUUGGACAGAUCCUUUGCUGAUUCCAACAGCAUCACCAGCAGCAAGCAGCAUCAGGAUACACAUAAACGGCAUCACACAAAAAAAAAAUGUUGAAAAAAGAAAAACCUUGAGGGGAAAAAUGCAAAAAAUGUCAGCUGUACGUGUCAGCAGGCCCCCUGGUUAGUUCCUUGUUUGUUGUUGUUGUCCUCUUUUCUAUUUGUCUCUUGCUGAUUUUUCUUUUUCACGCGCUUUUCCUCUGUGAAGAUGUAUGUAUUUUCUAGCUUUAUGAGAAUGUGAUGUAAGCAUACAUGUAAAUGUGACCUGUACAGUUUGUCUGUUGUUUUUGUUUUCAUUUUUCCUUUGGCGCUACAUGGAUAUCAGUUGUUAUACGGCUCUACUGUGAUAGAGGACACACACAUGCACCAGCUGUUGCCUGAAACUUUAGGAAAUGCUAAAGUCCUCAUGCCAUAAAUAUUUCUUGUUUUUUUUUUUUUUGGAAGAUGAACUGCCAAACUGUUGUAAAGACUGUCUAAUGUUGUAAUAUGUAAAGAAAAAAACAACAAAAUUGCUUAUACACUUAUGAGAAAAGUAUUCCCUGUAAACCUGAGACUACAAAAAAAGAUGUAAUUUAUUUAAGGAAAUAAUUGUUUUAUUAGUUUUUUGUUUUGUUAAGAUUUACUAUGGUGAAGUUUUGAAGUUAAAAUAUAAAAUAAUGAAACAACUAACUAUAAAGUGUAAAUAUAUUCAUAUAUACAAUGACUGAGAUAUUUUUAUAUAAAACACGGCUUGCUUCGAUUUUCAAAUUUUAAAGUGUUACAAUGCUUUGUACAUUGAAGUUAAAAGGGGUUUUACAUUUUCCAUUAAAAUGGAUUUAUCAAACAAUUGUGUUUUCUUUUGGUGUCCGUCGCCACUUCGUGGUUGACGACGGACUAUUAUUAGUCAAAAUAAAAAUGGCUAAAUGAACUAACAUACAAGUACAGUUUAAGGCAGGGGUGGGCAAACGUUUGACUCAAGCAUACUGUACUCGCUCACGGUGCAAACAAAAGAAAAAGGCAACACAUCCACAGCAAGUUAACACUUCACAUAAUUCAACAAUGAAGCGCUGAACAUAACACAACUUAAAACUGUUAUUUCCAAAUGCCCGCAAGGCAUGCUGGGUAGUCCAGCUGCAACAACAAUAUGAGCUAUGAAAAAUAAAUCAUUGGACAUGACGCGUAUGUUAACUCCUUGUUUACUUUUCAAUCUAGCAAAAAUGCGACAAACA